AGUACUAGAGUAGAUAUGUUGGAAGAGUCAAGAGUGGAAGGAAAAGUUGCUGUGAUUAAUAUUUGCAAAUAUUUUAAUCUAAUUCUAAAUUUUAUUCGUUAAAUUUAUUAUAAUUAGUUAAAUGAGUUAAUUUUAAUUCGUAUGGUUAUAAUUAUGCUUAAUCAAUUAAAUGAUUGAGUAAUUUACUAUAUAAUUCUCAAUUUUUAAAAGUUCCAUUAUUUAUUAUUUAUAAAAACUGAAAAUUUUCAAUCAUUCAGUGUGAAAAUGAAUUGUAUUAAGUGUAUAAAAUAUAGAUCUGGCUUGAGACUUCAUUUAUUUGAAAAUAUGAAUUACAUUCAUAAUGGUAUGACAUUGCAAAUCCAGACAUCAAGUAAAAACUAUUUGGCUAAAUCACUUCAACUAUAUGAACAGUACAAUAAUAAAAAUGAUGAACAAAGUAUUAGAAAAUCUAAUAUUAAUGAAAAUUUGAAAGAAAUUUGUCUUGCAGAAGAUCUACUGAAUGAUUUCAAAACAAGCCAAAUAGAACAAGGUUACAAAAAUAGUAUACUUACUAGAAUUACUAAAAAUGAUGGAAAUAAAAAAAUUAACAAAUUAACUGAAGGUCCUAGUUUGAAUGAUUUUUUAAAAAGUCCAACACCUCUUAUAAGUACACAAAUACUAUCAAAGAAUGUUCCAUAUUUACCCGACAAUGCUAAAGAAAGCAUACAAAAAGUUUACAUAGAGGUAUAUGGAUGCCAAAUGAAUGUCAAUGAUGCUGAAAUAAUUUCGGCAAUUUUGAAGAAAAGCAAUUAUGAAAUAACACAGAAAAUGAUUGAUGCAAAUAUUGUUUUACUAAUAACAUGCUCAAUUAGAGACAGUGCAGAACAGAAAAUAUGGACUAAAUUACAUUUUCUGAAACAUUUUAAGAGAAAAAGUAAUGUUUCAAAAAUUGGGCUUCUAGGCUGUAUGGCAGAGCGUUUGAAAAAAAAAAUUAUUGAAAAAGAAAAAUUAGUUGAUGUCAUAGCUGGUCCAGAUUGUUAUAACGAUUUGCCCAGGUUGUUAGCUAUCAGUAAUGAGCAUGAAACUGCUAUUAAUGUAGCUUUAUCAUUUGACGAAACAUAUGCAGAUGUUACACCUAUUAGAUUAAAUCCAGAUUCAAAAACUGCCUAUGUUUCUAUAAUGAGAGGCUGUGACAACAUGUGUACAUAUUGUAUAGUACCUUUCACUAGAGGCAGAGAAAGAUCCCGACCAAUAAUUAGUAUACUAGAUGAAAUAAAACAUUUAUCAGAUCAGGGUGUUAAAGAGAUUACUCUGCUGGGACAAAAUGUCAAUAGUUAUAGAGAUCUUACUGAAUCAAAUUUCAGUAUCAAUCAUAAAAAAAAAACUAAUCUUGCACAUGGAUUCAAAACUGUGUAUAAAAAUAAAGAAGGAGGAUUGAGAUUCUCUGAUUUACUUGACAAAGUUUCACUAUUAGAUUCAGAAAUGAGAAUAAGAUUUACCUCUCCACAUCCAAAAGAUUUUCCUGAUGAAGUUCUUCAUUUGAUUUCUGAACGACCAAAUAUUUGCAAACAAAUUCAUUUGCCUGCUCAAAGUGGUAGUACAGCAGUUUUGAAUAGAAUGAGAAGAGGCUAUUCACGAGAAGCAUAUAUAAAUUUAGUGCAUCACAUUCGAAGUAUUAUUCCAGAUGUAGCUUUUUCUAGUGAUUUUAUUGCUGGAUUUUGUGACGAGACCGAAGAAGAAUUUAGCGAAACUUUAUCGCUCAUAGAAGAAGUUAAAUAUAGUACAGCAUACUUAUUUGCCUAUAGUAUGCGAGAAAAAACUACUGCUCACCGACGCUAUGUCGAUAACGUUGACAAAGUUGUCAAACAUGAGAGGCUUGUAAAAAUGAUACAAUUAUAUAGAAAAGAAGUAGAAAAAAUAUACAAAAGUCAAAUUGGGCAACAACAAUUAAUUUUAGUAGAAGGCGAAAGUAAACGUUCUAUUAAAGAUUUGCAAGGGCGAAAUGAUGGCAAUAUUAAAGUAAUUUUUCCAAAUGAAUCGAUACCAGUUAGUAAAACAUCUACACAUCAUGAAAAAGUAAAAAAAGGAGAUUACAUUGUAGUACAUGUGUGCAAUGCAAAUUCACAAAUUUUAACAGCAAUACCAUUAUAUCAUUCGUCCAUAAGUGAAUUCAAUUCAGAAAAUAGUUUUCAUAAUAAAAUAAUGUUUUAAAAUUUCCAAAAAGUCAUUUUGGUCUUUUGUUUUCUUAAAAAUCUUUAAAAAAAUGUUAUAGAUUUUACAUUUUGAGAUUUUUCAAUGAAUAAUAUAAAUGGUAAAAGUUUUUUUCUAUACUGAAAAGUAAGAAAGCAUGACUCAGAUCAUGCUAUAAUUACGAAUGGAGAUUUUACAAUGUAA